AUGACCAACGGCAGUGGCUGGGAGGCUGGCGUGUUUGGGGAGUGGCGGGGACUGGUUCGGCGCAUGCUCAGGGAGGGGCUGGACCUCGGGUGCGACAUCCAAGGCCGCCCUCGGCAGCUCUGGGCUCUCUGGGCUCGCCCGGUCCGCCUCACUGUCCGUCACCCGGGCCCUCUGAGGGAACUCAGCCAGGCAGUGGUCAGCCACCAGGAUGCCAAGACCUCUGCACUGUCCCCGCCCAGUGAAGCACCGGCUCGUCCCACUCCCAUUUGCUCUCUGCCCUUGUCUGCUUCCAUCCUCCCAAUAUACCAGCACCGGCCUCAUCUUCAUGAAGAUGAUGAUGAUGAUGAAGAGGGACAGGAGGAGCAGGAGGAAGAGAAGGAGCAGAAGGAGCAGGAGGAGGAGGAGCAGAAGCAGGAGGAGGAGCAGGAGGAGGAGGAGCAGAAGCAGGAGGAGAAGCAGGAGGAGGAGGAGCAGGAGCAGGAGCAGGAGGAGGAGCAGGAGGAGGAGCAAGAGGAGGAGCAGGAGGAGGAGGAGCAGCAGGUAGAGGAGCAGGUGGAGGAGCAGGAGCAGGAGCAGGAGCAGGAGGAGCAGGAGGAAAGCCAGCAUUGGAAACUACAGCACAACCCGCCACCCCUUCCCAUGGCCUUCUGUGAACCGCUCCAGACCAAGCACAGAGCCCGUGGCCGGUCAACGGAUGCUCUGCACCCUCCUGGCCUCUGUCAGCACCAUCUCGGUGCCGCCGCUCAUCCUUUCCUGCCACCCUGCCCUCGCCCUUCAUCCCUGCACAGAGCUCCUGCUUCCCAGCAUCCGUUUUCUCCUAAGCACCAUCCAGCUGGAUGCAAGCCCACUCCUGCAUGUGGCUCCUACACUAGACACCCGCAAUUCUGAAGGUCAGUUAGACUUCAAAUUCAUUAAAGAUCCAGGGGACACUCGACAUUUAUCUGGUGGCACACAAAGAACACCUGAUAAAAAGUUAAUUUAGGAUGGAAUGACUAGAAGCCCUUGCCUGCGAAUGGAACGCUGAUGGAGAAACCCUGAAGUUAAGGGUGGGCAACUUUAUGAAGAAAAGAUGUUUAUCUAGCUCACAGCUCUGGAGGUUCAGGGCCCUGGCGCAGCACACCAUGGUGGGUGGCAUUGCAAGGGUGGCAGUGUGCGAGAGGUGCCGGAAGCCAGACAGGGGGCUCCCCCAGCAGGGCCCACAUCUCAGCGGUCCUCAUGGGCACGGCGAGGACCACACACCCCACCCAAGCCACGGCAGCAUCUAACUGCAGAAGACAUCAUCAGAGGCCGAGAGAGCCAGUCACCCCGCCAGGAGGCGUUCUGGCCCAGAGGGGACAGCCCCACUGCAGUGGCAGAGGCCCAGGGGGAGGCUCCUCCUGUGGACCCCGGUGCUCUAGGAGGCCUGGGAAUCCAGUUGCCCAUGUGUAGAUCUGCACAGCUGGGACCCGACCUCAAGAUGAUGAUAUCUGGGUCACUGAGUUCUUUUCCACCUCAAAGAAAAUGACGGCAGGUCUCUUAGGGCUUGGCUGGUAUAAAUCCAUCUGCACAGCAAUGACAAUGCUCUGAAGCGAUUCAUUUUGCUGCGUGUCAGGGCUUGUCUCACACUUAGUGUCUCGGGAUGGGGCAGGAUCUGUGACCACCCUGGCUCAGGGCCAGGGGACUCAGGCUCAGGGAGACUGCCGUGUGACUAAGCCAGAGGCAGAGAGGGGUUUGAACCAAGGGCCCCGACUCUGAGGCCUGCUCGUCACCUCUGGGCAUCCUAACACUGCCCUGUCUGGAGCCAGCCCCAAGUCACGUGUGCCCGAAGUCACACGGCUGCUCUGAGCUGAGCAUGGCUGGCGCCAAGGCAGCGCUGCACACCACUGCUUCUUUUGGGCACUUGUUUGCUCGUCCAGUAGCUCCCAGCCCCCGAGGGAAAGGACCCACUCCCUCAUUUCUGUCUGCGCAGCUCCUGCAGUGCCCAGCGCAGAGGGAGCCUUCACAUCUCUCAGUUCAGCGGAAUCCUUCAGGUGGGGACCCACAGGUGCCCGGCCUGUCCCAGCCUGGAGACCUCGGGUUUGCAGCUCAGCCACAGUAGCUUCAUGACAGGCUGCGGAGUGCGCAUUCUGCUCACAAAGUGUUCUUUUCUUCACAUAGCGUGGGCCUCGACAGGUGGGAUGCAAACCCAGCACGGAGCUAUGCAGUUUCUGUGGAGCACAGUUUUGCAUUUAGGAAUCUGAGUUUUCGGAAACUCAGUGCCAGGAGUGGAGGUGAGCCGAUCCCUCUGGUUGCCUCUUCUGGGUCUAGUUGUCCUGGGACAGUUUCUCAAAAGGGAAGAAAGUUACCAACCUGCCUGGUGGCUAUCAGUGGUGGGUGGGUUUGUUCCUCAGGGCAAACAUGGUACUGCCUGGAGAUACCUGUGGUUGUCAUAGGAGGGCCGUGUGCAUGCUACCUGUGUCCAGGGGGAGAGGCCAGGCCCUGCUGUACAUCCUACAACACAGCACACCCAGCAGCUUGGCCUGGCCAGCCCACACGCCACCUGCACCUGGGCUGACGAAUCCGAUCACCACGCAGCCCCACAUAUGCCUGCCCAGAGGUUUUACGGAGGAAGCUCUGCCUAACAAUUAAAUUAGGUUUCAUGAGAUUUUGUGCCCUGAGAGCAGCAGAGAUCAUCGGGGGAGGAACAAAGCCAGAGCAAGACCAUGGUAGUUCAGAAGCACAUUUGGAAACAAGGCUUUGAGGCGAAGGUCCAGGACCUCUUUCCACAAACCCAGCUGCAAAACAUUAAAAUACAGAUUCCUAGGCCUCCCACAAGCUGGCUGAAGUGGGCACCGUGUGGGAGGGUAGCGGAGUCUGCAUUUUUAGGUAACUCCCAAGUGAUCUGGAUGUAGGUUAACAUUUUCUUCCACUUCCCAGAGGUAGGGUGGAGCAGAUGGGCCACAUGCACGGUGGUUUUUAAAAAGUUAAGUUGCACAUUCUGGCACGAGUUCUCCAACUUUAGUAUCUGUACUGCAGCCCCGUGAGCUGCCCUAGGCAGCACCAAAUGCUCUGCUCAGCAGUUCACAAAACCGCUUGUGAGUUGCAGGAUCUUUCGAAGCAGCAG